AUGUCAUCGGCCAUAUGUCAGAACUUCGUGCAGAACGCCUGGAAGAAGGAGCUGUGCUCGAAUUGCUUCAAGUCGAUCGACGAGCACCGCGAGAAGCCGAAGCCGAAGCCCCUCAAUUUGGUAUCCAACGACAAGGUGUCGGGCAUCAUAAAGGGCACGAAGAAGGCGAAGACGAAGCACUCGGUGUGCUUCGUGAAGGACCUGACGGAGAUCAUCGGUUACGGCGGCGAAGAUUGGUCGUCGGACAACGAGGAAUCGUCCGGCGGAUCGAACGAAAGCAGCGAAGAAGAAACGGACGACGAGAGCGCCAAGGAAUUGCAACGGAUCACUAAAGAAAACACCGAUUACAAUACGGUGUCUCUGAAAGAGAGCGACAACAAGAAGAACAACUACGCUCCUUUGUUGUUGGGUAAACCCGUCGUCGAUUCGAGCGGUAAGAAACAAACUUUGUUGGUGUCUGUUACGCCGUUCGGUGAAGAUUCCUCGUCGCAUCAAGUGAAGAAAUUGAAUACAAAAAACUUCCAAAUAUCCACUUCCAAUAAAGUAAUACUACCCGAAACGGAGACUAACGUCGUGUUGACUUCCUAUACGAAAAACGAGCAGAUACAAUCGCAUGUACGCGAAGAGAAAUCCCUAUUGGACGAAAUCACGGAGACCUUGGAAAACGGCAGGAACCCCAUACAGAUAAUACAGAAAAAAACCGUCGAGGAGAAAUCCGAAAAAAAAUCCACGAACCUCACGAGAACUCCAGCGUUGAAGCGCGACAUCGAAAAACCGGUGAUUCACCAAUCAUCGUCCAUCUCCAAAGCAGACGCGUCGAAUAACAAACCCGCCAAAAGCUCGCCCAAGCUCGAGCCAAUCCAAACCACCAAGAAUUUCAUCGACGCCGAAAUACAACAUGCGAAAUCGGAUUUUUUUCCUAAGGAAAAAUUCCUGAAGGACAAAUACAUCCCGUUCUCGCAGAGCAGAGAUCUGGCCGGCAAGCCGGACGGCAGGGAAGAUCCCGUCACGAACGAGACGCCGCCCCUGCCGAAAACCCCGCCGCCUCCGGUGCUGGACGCGCAAAGUUCGUUUCUCCACGGCGCCCAGCCGGUCCCUUUAUACGAGAAACCCAAAAUCCCGUCCAAACCAGUCGUGAUGAAAAAAAACCCGGUACAAAUCAAAGCAGCCAGCAAACCGAUCGAGGACCCCAACGAGUCGGACCCCAAGUGCAAUAAGAGAAAAGCCCCUUCGCCGCCCGAAGAGAUCUCCCUAUCUUCGAAUCGAAGCACCCCCAGGAAUUCCACCGAAGAGGAAGCCAUCUACGUAUCGGCCGAACAUCUAUCGAGAAAAUCUCUAUCCACCGAUUGCCUUACGAUAAACGACAAACGUAAAGACAAGAACAAAGCGAGGUUCUCGCUGAAGAAGUUCCUCAAAAUGGGCUCGCACAAAGACCUCACCAAAACGCAGCAAAUCGAACACGAAGACCCGUCGCACAAACCCAAACUGAUCAUAGUCCAUCCGUGCGAAUUGAACGGCACCAAAGUCGAAGUGGUAUCGAAGCAACUGAUCGACGACAACCAACACGAGUACAGCGUACCCAACGAGUGCUUCCAAUCGCAGAAGGCCGCCAAACCGCCGCCGCCGCCGCGCAACCACCCCGAAUACAACAAACCCGUCCUACCGACGCCCCCCAAAUCCGUCGACAUCAUCAACAAACAGAAGCAACUGUCGCGCAACAACUCGGCCUCGAAGCAACAGGAAACCGUCUACGCCAACAUCGGCGAGGUGCGAUCCUCCAUAGUGCCCAACAAGCCGGUGCGAACGGCCAGCAUGCGCGAACGCGAGGCCGCCCUGCAGCUGCAACUCCAACAGAAGCAAACCGUCAGGAAGCACCCGCACAACUACGAACCGCUCCACAACAACAACAACAACAACAAGGACCCCAACGAGAACGUGUACGACUACAUCAACUCGACCAGGUCGUCGUCGCCCGACAGCGAUCCCGGCGCCGACAAGGCGAAGAACGCGCGGCUGGCCAAGCGCUCGGAGAGCAGCCAGGACGUCGCCGGCGAGUACUUCAAGUACGGCCCGAUACCCAGGAGCGUGUCGCUGACCUACUGCGGCAGCGAGACCGAAUCGGAGAUCUACUCGCCGUACGGGUUCUACGGCAGCGAGUCCGAGGUGACCGAGGACGAUCACGAUUGGAUCCAGCACGGGCGCACGCACAAGCUGCGCUCGCGCAAAGGCCGCAGCAUCGUGCACAAGAACCUCGAGGACAACUACGGCGCCGUCGUCGUGGCGAAUUACGAGGCGCUCGCGCAGGUGCUGGAAAACAUACAGCAAAUCAACCACAUCCAGCCGGCGCUGAGGGGAUUGAAGACGGUGUCGAACCUGCGCUGGACGGAUUUCAGCGUGAAAUCGUCGACGGGGCCGGUGCAGGUGGGAUCGCGGGUGUUCCACCAGGCGAUGUGGGGCACCCAUAACGUCACCGUCGCCGUAUCGGCCGGCAGCACCGUCUCCAACGCGAUGCCUUCGGCCAGCUACACUCUGACGCCCAUCAUCGAAUUCAGCGAUCUCAUACCCAACGCUUAUCUGGCCACCAACGACAACGAAGACGACAAUAAUAAGCAAACUCUCGCGACCGCUUGGGUGUUUCCGUACCUCCAAAUCAACACCAUCCAAUCGUACGGGGAACUGUUAAAAACGAAAUCCGACGAGGAAUGCUGGAGGGAUUCCAAUUUCACGAUGCUCCAACUGGUCAACGCUCUCAAAUCGCUGCAAGCCCAAGGUAUCGAGGAGCUGCCGCUGUCGCUGAGCAGCUUCGUACUCUGCAAGGACAUGGACAAAGAGACGCAUCACAGAUUGUGCGUGUUUCAAGGAAUGACAUUAGACGUGGCGUCGAAGAGCCAGCAGGAGAAGCAGGGAACGUUGUGCACGUGCGCGGCGCGGGCGCUCGCCUGCCUCCAACCGUCGCCGAGGAUCGUCUCGCUGUUGCAGUCGCUGCUCAACCACGAGCGCGCCGUCUCGCUGACGCAGGUGAAGAGCGUGCUGGAGUUCUCGCUGUGGGGCCCGUCGGACGUGUCGCUGGGCGCCACCAUCAAGGAGCGCGAGCUGGCGCUGCAGCGAUGGCUGGACCUGCAGCGGGCCACCGUGCUGCACGGCCUGGUCUGCGCCAGGAUACAGUUGACCGUCUACGAGGAGUUCCAUCUGUUGUUUUUGGUGAGGAGCAGCGCUCGGAUGAUGUGCGACGCUUCGCUGCUGAUCGAGUCCAGUAAUUUGAAACAUUCCGUGGGGUUCGGUCAGAGUAGGGCGGAGAAGUGCGUGGGAGCGUGUUGA